CCGCUGCUCCGCCAGCGCUGCCGCCCUCGCCCACCGCCCGCCCGCCGCCCGCGGCCCCUCGCGGCUUGGCAGGCUCCCCUUUGUCCGCCUCGGCCCGCCCAGCGCCGAGCUCCCGGUCCCCGGGCCGGCUGCCCGCAGCGCUCGGUGCUGGCUGGGCGCGCAGGGGGCGGGGGCCGCGGCUCGCCCCCCGCCGAUGAGCCGCCGUGGAGCGCGGGCGGACGAUGGAACUCCACAUCCUGGAGCACCGGCUGCAAGUUGCCAGCGUCGCCAAGGAGAGUAUCCCGCUCUUCACCUACGGCCUGAUCAAACUUGCCUUCCUGUCCUCCAAGACCAGGUGCAAGUUCUUCAGUCUGACCGAGACGCCGGAGGAUUACACCAUCAUCGUGGAUGAGGAGGGGUUCCUGGAGCUGCCGUCCUCGGAGCACCUGAGUGUGGCGGACGCCACCUGGCUGGCCCUCAAUGUGGUGUCAGGCGGCGGCAGCUUCUCCAGCUCCCAGCCCAUCGGCGUGACCAAGAUCGCCAAGUCAGUCAUCGCCCCACUGGCCGACCAGAACAUCUCCGUGUUCAUGCUCUCCACCUACCAGACCGACUUCAUCCUGGUGCGUGAGCGUGACCUGCCCUUCGUCACCCACACCUUGUCGUCAGAGUUCACCAUCCUGCGGGUCGUCAAUGGCGAGACGGUGGCAGCCGAGAACCUCGGCAUCACCAAUGGCUUUGUGAAGCCCAAGAUGGUCCAGAGGCCCGUCAUCCACCCGCUGUCCAGCCCGAGCAACAGGUUCUGUGUCACCAGCCUGGACCCCGACACGCUGCCCACCGUUGCCACACUCCUCAUGGAUGUCAUGUUCUACUCCAACGGAGUGAAGGACCCCAUGGCUGCCGGCGACGACUGCGAGCACAUCCGCUUCUUCUCCUUCUCCCUCAUUGAGGGCUACAUCUCCCUGGUGAUGGACGUGCAGACCCAGCAGAGGUUUCCUAGUAAUCUGUUGUUCACGAGUGCAUCUGGAGAGCUCUGGAAGAUGGUGCGGAUUGGAGGGCAGCCCCUGGGAUUUGAUGAGUGUGGCAUCGUGGCCCAGAUCUCCGAGCCCUUGGCUGCAGCAGACAUCCCCGCCUACUACAUCAGCACGUUCAAGUUUGACCACGCCCUGGUCCCGGAAGAAAACAUCAACGGUGUCAUCAGCGCCCUGAAAGUCAGCCAAGCAGAGAAGCAUUAGAAGGACCUCUUCUGCCCUCCCCUUCUGCCCCCCAGGCCUUGGCCUGGCCCCCACCCCGAAGAUGAUUCUUGCAGUAUUUCUCAACAGACUGGAAAACUGACCCCGGGGCUCCCAAAGAAGGAGCCUCUGGGAGAUGCCCUGGAUUGCUGACCCCGCCAGGCCUGGGGCCCACGCCAAGGCCUCCCGGUGCCCUCCUGCCUUCCCGGAGCCCCCAGACCCUCCAGAGAACCCCCGUCUCCUCCUCCCACCCCCACCCCAGAAAAUGAUGUCUGAGGCCCAGGGAGCUCAUGAACUGACCCCCCUUCUCAUCCCACCUCACCCACAGCCGGGGGCAGAUGCUGAAGGAAGCUGGCACCUCCUACAAGACACAGGGGUACUGGUUCUCUUGUCAUCUUGUGGGGCUGGCUGAGCAGGGCUGAGUUCAUGGAGCCUGAGAAGGCCCCCGUGAGGGGGGGUGCUGGACACUGGUCGCUGGUCUCUGGUUCCAUCAGCUCGGGGCUGGUUCCCACAGAGUGGAGGCCAGUGGGUGGCCCUUGGGUCAUGUGCUGGUGAGGCUCUGAUGGAGCCUGGGUGGGUCCUGAGCUGGGGAGGACCCGAGCCACCCAGAACCUCACCUGCCAACCACAGGGCCUGCGCCCUGACUCCCAGCAAGACUGCCAGGGGGCCCUGUCCAGACCGUCCCCACCACAAGCACUCACUCCUGGAGGGGGAGGCGGGUCCCAGGAGACCCACCAGCCUGGGGCAGUCCUGUCCCCUCUGGUUUCCCUGGACCCUACUCCAGCAGGCAGAGCCUCAGUUUCCCCCAAGUGGGGGCAUCCCCAGCAUCCUGGGCCUGGGGUUUCUUAGGUCACCCCCACCUCCCUAGCAGUUGACCAGCACAGGACUCCCCCAUUGUCACACCUCCUCCCCUCCCCCACUUUUGGGGGACAUGGAAGGCCUCUGCCCCCAACUCACCUGCCUGCCUGCCCCUCAGUCUGGGGACUGGCAUUCAUGAGUACUUGACCUGGGAGGCAGCUUAUCUGAGCCUUAAUAGAGAAAACCAUACCUUGUUUUAGUUUCUUAUUUAAUGUACUUGUGCCCAAGCUGCAGUGGGCAGCGUUUUCAGGGGUCGGGGCCUACUGAGUUCUGUGAGGCGGCCCCAGAGGCUCAGCGUCACCUGGCUGGUGCCCUGUGGCUCCAGGGACAAGUGCGAGAAUCAGGAGCUGUUGUGGGGGUCUUGGCCGUCUCUUAGGAGCAGGAAGCUGGGAGCAGAUGUCUGCUACCAGACAGGGGUCCCCAGGGCACCCUCCACAGGGCUGCCCAGCCAGCCCCACUGGCAGGUGCCCAGGCAGCUGUGAUUCUAUCUGAGCAUCAGAGGAGACCCAAGGGCCAUGGGGAGGUAGACGGCCAGGGGGUGGAGGCUGACCAGGGAGAAUGGAGUGAGCCCCUGGGCCUCCUCUCCAGCGGGGGCUGCUUUCUGAACAAGCAGGACCUGGGGGCCUGCUGUGGCUCGUGCCCUCCCUGGCGCCCUUUCUCAGGCAGCAGCUGACUGUGCUUGCCCGAGAAGCCCAGAGGAGAAGGGACGUUCUCUCGGUCUGGUGAAGGGCUUGUGUGAUCGCCACUCCCCCCUCUCUGAGCUGUGCGGGACCCUCCGAGCCCUGGAAGCCCACCAGACGGAGGAGCUGUGUGUCUGGGUCCGUGCAGAUACUCAGGGCCCGAGCACUGAUUAGGAACCCAGUUUUUUGUUUUUUAAAGUUAAUUCAUUUUGCACAAAACUCCAAAACCACCAAAACAUGUCAAUUGUUUGCUGGUUCCAAAACUGGGGUGGCCCAGUGGGCAGGGCAGCCCUUGAAGCCCUGAGUCCCCUUUCUGUUCCUGAAAGUCCUUGACUUUCUGUGACGCACCUCUCCAGAUUCCUUUCUGUCAGUUCCCCAAAUCUGUCACUUCUCCACCAUUCCUCCCUGCUGAGCAAGUGUGUCGGCCGCGUGACCCCGGAAACGCGUGCUCCCCAGACCCUCUAGGACGUAUUUCUUGUACACACAUAUAAAUACCUGUGUUUUAUGUUGAAUAUAGAUAUAUACUGUAAAUAGCAUAUAUACUUGAGCAAUAUAUAUGUUAAUAUAUACUGUGUGAGCACGCACAUGCGUGUGUGCGCAGUAUGUGGACACAGAC